CUAUCAUCCACACCUUUCAAUUCCAAUCCAUAUAUUUAAAACAGCAUAACGGUUUUUUGAAGUAUCCAAAACCAAACAGACAAUGAGAGAGCUAGUUCUGCUAGCCUCCUCCUCCUCCUCUUCAAUCUUUACACCUCCAAAUCCAUCUCCUCCGCACCACCACCACCGCCAUUAUUCCAGUAAACCCAAAACCAAAGUACCCUCCCCCUCUCUACCCAAACCCGUCACCACCCUCCAUUCUUCCUCUCCGCUUCUCUCCACCGCACAAACCCUCCACCACAACACCGCCAACUACCUCGACCUCGCUGCUCAACUCGCCGACGACGGUCUUCUCCAUGAGUUUGUUGUACUUGCUGAGUCUGUGAUUGCUUCUGGAGUUGAGGCGUCGCAAUUCUUUGCUGGAUUAAAUGCGGCCGUUGUUGCCAAGGGUAUUUUCAAGAAUCUUCGUCAGAGAAAUGUGGAGGGUGUUGUUGAGGUUCUUAAGAGAGUUCAUCAACUUGGGCUUCCUCCUUUGAAACUGUUUGAUGCUGCUUCUUUGGAUUUACUUAGAAUUGAGUGUUUAAAUAUUGUUAAUUUUGGUGAUUUGGAUGAAAUUCUGUUGUUAAUGGAGACUCUUGCCGGUUUUUCCUUCAAAAUCAAGGAGCUUGUGGAACCAUCUAGAGUUAUUAAAAUCUGCGUUUAUAAACGUAAUCCACUCAUGGCUGUGAGAUUUGCUAAGCUUUUUCCGCAUGAAGGUAUAUUAAUAUGUAGCAUUAUUAAGAACUUUGGGAAAAAGGGGGAUUUGGAAUCUGCUUUGGUUGCUUAUGAAGCAUACUCGCAAAACUGGAGUGUUCCGAAUAUGUAUGUAUGUCGCGCCAUUAUUGAUGUUUGUGGUCUUUGUGGUGACUAUAUGAAAUCCAGGUACAUCUAUGAGGACAUGCUCAAUCAGAAGCUCAUCCCAAAUGUCUAUGUUUUCAACAGUCUUAUGAAUGUGAAUGCUCAUGAUUUGGGUUAUACAAUGCAUUUGUACAAGAAGAUGCAAAAUAUUGGUGUAUCGGCGGAUAUGACGUCAUAUAAUAUCCUUUUGAAGUCAUGCUCUGUUGCUAGAAAAGUGGACUUGGCCCAGGAAAUUUAUAGAGAAGCAAAACAGUUGGAAUUAGCAGGACUACUGAAGUUGGAUGACUUCACAUACUGCACAAUCAUAAAGAUCUUUGCAGAUGCAAAGUUGUGGCAACUUGCACUAAAAGUUAAAGAAGACAUGCUAUCAUCCGGUAUCACCCCUAGUACAUUUACGUGGUCAUCACUGAUGAGUUCGUGUGCUAAUGUGGGACUUGUAGAGCAGGCAAUUAAAUUAUUUGAAGAGAUGAUUCUAGCUGGAUGUUCACCAAAUGCACAGUGUUGCAACAUUCUUAUACAUGCUUGUGUAGAAGCUUGCCAGUAUGAUAGAGCUUUCCGGCUUUUCCACACCUGGAAGGGAGGUGAAGUCCAAGAUACAGAUACUUUCAGCGAAGGUUACAUCAAUGACAUGGAUGGUAUUUCAAGCGCAAUGCAUGCUCACAGAGAUUCUAUUAUUACUGUGCAAAAUCUAGCAUCUAAUUCGCUUCAUCUAUGCUAUAUUAAUAAGUUGCCCUUCACACCCUCAUUGACAACAUACAAUACAUUAAUGAAAGCGUGUGGUAGCGAUUACAAUCGUGCAAAGGCCUUAAUGGACGAGAUGGAGACACUGGGGCUUUCCCCCAAUCGUAUAAGUUGGUCAAUCUUGAUUGAUAUAUGCGGAAGUUCUGGCAACAUGGAUGGAGCCAUACAGAUUUUGAAGAACAUGCGAAUGGCUGGGGUUGAACCUGAUGUUAUUGCAUAUACAACGGCUAUUAAGGUUUGUGUACAAAGUAAAUUCUUGAAGAUGGCAUUUUCAUUAUUUGUGGAAAUGAAAAGAUACCAAAUAAAACCAAAUCUGGUGACAUAUGACACAUUGCUACGAAAUCGUACCGGGUAUGGUUCUCUAAAAGAAGUGCAACAAUACCUGGCUAUAUAUCAGGAUAUGAGGAAAGCAGGGUACAAAUCUAAUGAUUCCUAUCUUAAACAACUAAUCGAGGAAUGGUGUGAAGGAGUAAUACAAGAUAAUUACCAGUGCCAAGAUGAGUUAGAACCAUGCAAGAGCACCGACUUAGGCAGACCUCACAGUCUACUCCUUGAGAAAGUUGCUGCGCACUUGCACAACAAUGUUUCUGAAAGCCUAUCAAUUGACCUGCAGGGCCUUACAAAGGUUGAAGCUCGAAUUGUGGUUCUUGCAGUUCUCCGGAUGGUCAAAGAGAAUUAUAUCCUAGGACAUUCAGUUAAAGAUGAUAUGUGGAUUACAUUAGGAAUCCAUCAGGCAGAUGUGGUUCCCGCCACAAAGCAAUCAGAGUUGAAAAAGGCAAUAUUUCAGCUUCUGCAGAAUGAACUAGGGCUCGAGGUUCGGAUUGCAGUCCCUGGAAGUACAACUGAUCUACAGACAGACAUGAAAAUCCCUGUUGAUUCUCACCAAAACUUGUCAAGCAGCUUUGAAACUGAUCAAAAAAUUAUGUCUUCUCCACGGCGCCCUAUAGUUCUACAAAGGUUAAAGGUUUCAAAGAAUUCAUUGCUUCAAUGGCUGCAGAGAAGAGUUGGUGAAAAUAGAAGGUGAAUUCAUUAUGUACAGAUGCCAAAUUUUGUAAAUGCGCCCAACUUUUUCUUUAACUGUGUCUAUACUAUUAGCUGUAUCAUAUAUGAUGAAAUGUGAUAUAAAAAUAUUCAAAAAGAACAAUAAAGCUCAUUUGCACC